GGUUUACCUAAAGGACUAGUAGUUUCGCGAGUGGGGAACUGGUGUUUGUUUGCUGUUAUCGGUGGUACUGGUGCUGGUGGUAGUGGUGGUGCCUUUAGAUAUGAGGAGUCGCUUAUCCGUUGUUGGUGUCGGUGCUGUACGGCUGAGGGAGUGAGUGCCCCGAUGACCGCGAUGCAAGUGGCGGUCCGAAAAUUGCGGCGAAAAUUCCUUAAAACCCAUUCAACUGUGUCACAAAUAUACAAUAAUGAAAACCUAAUUUAUGUGAAAUUUUUCAAAUUUUAUCGCUGUUACGACCUGAUCCCGGUCAGUGCCAAAUUAGUCGUCUUCGACACGCAGCUUGUCGUGAAAAAAGCCUUUUUCGCACUUCUCAGCAACGGUUCGUACCCUGGAAUGGGAGGCAUAGGGUGUAAUAUUUUAUACUUUAAG